AGUGGUUCACGGCGAGUAGGUGGGCGAUUACCGCGGGUCCUCUAUAUAUUUGCCGAAGAAGGGGGAAGGCAGUGGAGAGCGCGACCUUCUUCUUUGAUCCUCCGCCCCCUCUUCCCGACAAACACAGCGCUCUCUGCCUACUUUUAGAUCUCAUCUCUUCUUUGUAUGGCAGCCAAUUCGAAAGCGCCAGCGCUCGCUGCAGGGUUCGGAAAGCGAUUCGUCAGCCAGAUCUGGGCCGCUCCGGCUCCCGCCGCCGUCGCCUCUCUGGCACCUGUCUUUUCCAGGAGGAGGGCCGUGCACGUCUCGUCGUACGAUAAGAACGUUGACGAGCUGGUGCCGCCGAGCGUGGUGCCGGACCAUGUGAUCGACGCUAACUCCGACAAGUAUUGGAGCCCCCACCCCACCACCGGCGUCUUCGGACCGGCCGACGAGGGCAGUGCCUCCGCUGCUGCCGGCGAGAAGGUGGCGGCCGCUCCAGGCAGCGGCCCGUCUGCGCUGGACCAGACCGUGUGGUUCCGCCCCCUGGAGGACUUGGAUAAGCCUCCUCAGCCCUGACCGCUGCAUCUGUCGCCUCUGCGGGAAUAAAUAACAGCGAGCAAUAUGUACCUCUAUGCUUGUGUUGAAUGCAUGUUCAGAACUCUUUGCUUGGAUUCAGUAUGGCGUGCUAUGGUAACGAUGAUGAUGAUGAUGAUGAUGGUGAUAAUGUAAAUGGCGUGCGGUACUGCGUAUCUUUGUUUGAUCUUUUCUGUUAUAUGCAUUUAAACUGCCAACUUAAUCUGCAGAUUUCCUUUGAA